AUGUACGCCUUUGGCCUCGAGGAGACGCAGUUCUACGGCAAGGCCGAACAACAAGCAAAGCUGGGCCUGCAGGCGCAACCGUACGACGCCUGGGCCACCCACGCCCUCGCCCACGUCUACGAGAUGGCCACAAAGCCGGUGGAGGGCCUCGGCUUCCUCGGUCGAACCGUGGAGCAGUGGAGCAAGUGCAACCUCCUCGCGACGCACAACUACUGGCACUGGGCGCUCUACCAUCUGGAGCUGGAUGAACCUGAGGCGGCCGCAGAGCUGCUCGAAAAUGAGGUUCUUCGAAGAGCAGGUGGAGAGGGCGGCGGCGGAAGCGGUUCGAUGUUGGACCUGGUGGACGCCUCCUCACUGCUCUACCGCCUGGAGCUGCUCCAUCCAGGGGCGGGUUUCACCACUCCAGCCCAGGCACAAACGGUCUACCGUCUGGUGGAGCCGCACCUCGCCGACCACAUUCUCGGCUUCAAUGACGCCCAUUUUGCGAUGGCCGCCCUGGGCGUGCCUGGGGAAGAUGGCAAAGUUGAAACGCUCCUCGAGGGCCUUCGAGAGCUGAAGAACGCUGGCAACGUGGUGAGCGACCACUGGCUAGAGGUGACCGAAACGCUUUUACAAGCGAUGCUCGACUUUGCCCGGGAGAAGUACGGCGAGGCCCUCUCCAAGCUGACCUCCAUCAAGUACCAGCUGGUGAAGCUGGGCGGCAGUGACGCCCAGCGGGACGUCUUCACGCAGCUGACGGCAGUGGCGGCCAUCAAGGCGGGGGCGGCGGACCACUGUCGAGCGCUGCUCUACGAGCGACGGGCUCUCAAGGGCGACGAUGUGCUGGCGAGAAGACUGGCCAAAGCAACAGCAACAACAGUGGAUUCAAAAUAA